AUGGAAGAAGGAGAAGAUGAGAGGGAGGAUGAAAGAAGACGAAGGAGUAAAGAGCAGCAGGAGGGAGACUGCAAAAAGAGAGCUCUGGGAGUGCUGAGGGAAGAUACAGGAUGCAGACCCUGUUCGGGCUCCGUCAGUGACAUUUUUCUGAGUGUUGGAGAGGACGUAGAGAAGAUCAUCGACAAAAUAAGCUCCAUCAUUAUCAAGCUGGAUGCAGCGAUUCAGCAGUUAUCUGUAGAUAAGACCUCGAUCGUGGGUGAAGCACGUCAAGAAUCCAGAGACACAGACACUUCGGCGCAACCUGAAGACGUUAAGAAUCACCUAAAAUCCCCCGAUCGACUCAAGUCUGACUCAGGUCACGAACGGAUGAUUGAGGACGGAGCUGAUCGAAGGCGUACAGAGACAUCGGCAGACACUGAACAAACACUGGACUCAUUCAGUGGUUCUAAUUGUGACAACGGGGCAGAAUCACAUGUCAAAGGUCAAGCACAAGACAUUCUGCAGGAAUCCGUUAACUCUGAGACUGAGUUACUAAAGGAGACUGAAAAGGAAGAUGAGAGCGCAAAGAGAAAAAGAAAAUGGAUUACUGGCUCAUUUGCAGAGGUGAAGGUGUACUCUGUGGGUCUUUUUGCAGUGGUUUCCUGUUUAAAACUAGAAAACUACACCAUUCCCAGGAAGGGGUUGUCACUAAAACUCCCCAUGGACCCCCGAAUUUGUCUGAACUACCUCCCAGGAUCCUUUACUGCACCUGUAAUAGCGCAAACCACGAUCCAGCCGCUAGACGCCGUGCUCCUGGCUUCUGUCAAGUCCAGAAAUUACGCCUAUCAUUCAGUGGUGUCUACCAGCCCGCUGCUCUACCUCACCCACCCGACCUCAAGGCCCCUGAGAAGACCCCUCACGGUCACACUUCCAUGUCCCCCAAAUCCUGCAAAAAAGAAAGCAACAAGGGGACAAACAGAGAACCAACAAGACCAACAAAGUCAACCUGUCAGGGAUUCUCCCCCAUGGGAUCAUUCACCUUCCCACAGACUGAGAUUCAUGGACACCUCUGUGAAAUCAAAGGAAAUGUCCAAUGAGUCGCUGGUUGUUCUGGGCUCAAGGGACAAACAGUGGAGUGUCAUGGAUAAAGUCACCGUCAGAAGCCUGCAGAAGGGACUGGUGUCCUUUGACCUGAUGGAGAACUUUGACAGGUUUGUUGACUCUGCUGAUGUGUUGUCGUACACUUCAGCCGAACCACAUCACUGCACAAAGAGCAAUGUGAGGCAGGAGCAUCCAAAGCAGAGCCACGGACAGAACAGAUACCCACAGAGCGAAACUUGUCGGGCGGCGCUCAUUUGCAGCAUCGUUUCUUUCAAAGCCAAGGCCGAUUUGUCCUCCGCUGCUCAAACCAACAAAAAUGAAGCCACGCAUGAGCGCAUCACCUUCCACAGCCAGAGGAAGAAUCACCUCUUAGUGCAUCUGACUGAGGUGGACCUAUUUGGAAACUACAGCUCUCCUCACUACAAGGGCACGGCCAUAUUUUAUAAGGUCACCAGAGGUCAGCUGGAGUGGCGGGAUGACAAAGCUGUCCUGAAGGACACGAAGCUUCUGGGAGAUCCCGUCUGUAAGCUGUCUCUGACUUUACCCAAGAAAGUGAGAAACUUUACUCGGCCCAUUACAGCCCAGGUGAAGUUCUGUGAGGACACAGGUUCCCUCUCAGACUCUCUUCUUCUCUGGCUGUCCGAGGAGCUCUCAGAGGAGGAAACGGCCCUGCUGGCGCUCUCCCUGCGACUCUGCCGCAGCACCGCUCAGCUGGUGACAACCCGAGCCGGGAGCGGCGGCCUCUCUUCCCGUGCCUUCACCAUCCUGGCCAUGUGGAGGAGAGGGCUGCCCGCCGUCCCGAACCAACCCAAGGCCUCUCUGCUCGCUCGCUACUUGGCCAAGAUCGGCAGGCCGGAUCUGGCCAGAGAACUGCUGCUGAGGCAGGCUGCAGCUACCAGGCAGGAGUCACCGAAUUAAGGAGGCCCAGAAAGG